UCAUCAUCAUCAUUAUCAGCAUUAUCAUUUUGGUACGUUGUGAGGAAGGUCCAAAAAGGCAGUGCUGCGUAAACGGACGAUCCCAAGCACAAACAAAUACCCUUUUCUUCUUUUUUCUCUCCCGACUCUCAUCAUCUGUGAAAUAUACAAAUAAUAUAUAAGAGAAAAAAAAGGUAUUGCUCUGUCUUACCAAAUUGCAGACUUGUUUCCCCUUUUGUUUUGCUUUUCCCUUUUUAAUCUGUUAUACUUAAAAGCGAUCUUAAGGUGCUUUCAUUUCAUUUCAAUGGAGUUUCUCUAGAUUAGCCAGAUAAUCUCGAGAAAAAAAAAAUACAGUAUUUGGAUCAAAUAAAAGGGGUUGUCUUUGAUCAUGGCGGUUGCUGAGAAUGCACCAAAUUUCGACAACACAGCAGUAUCAUCAGACUCAAAUGCACAGAACGAUCUUGCAAACCCAAAACCCAGAGUUGAUUCCUCUGUCGUGUUGAGUGCGGAACCCAAUUUACAGUCAAACGGAGACGAUCAGAAUCCGCAGGACAAGUUUCAGAACCAGGAGAAAGUAACAACUUUGUCAGUCCCCACAAGCAAUCACAAGCCUCAUAUGGGUCAGAUGCAAAAUGGGUUUGACACCAAUGGGGUCGAUAACCAUCAGAUGGUGGCGGUCAAGACUGGCGGGUAUGGAAUUGAUCAGAGGUCUAAUGGGGUGAGAAAUGGAGGGGAUGGGGAUGAGAGUUUCAAACGUGAUAUGAGAGAUUUGGAGGAGUUGUUGUCCAAGUUGAAUCCCAUGGCUAAGGAGUUUGUGCCUCCCUCACUUGUCAACAAUCAUGGGUUCAGUCUUGCUGGUGGGUUUGGCUAUGCUAACAAUUUUCUAGUACAAACUAAUUCUGACAACGCCAAUGGACUUAUUGGUAGAAGGAAGAAAAAUGGCUAUAGUCAAGGUCGGCGAAGGAACUAUUACAAAAUGAGUUUGGCACAGAGAGAGGAGAUGAUCAGGAGGACUGUGUAUGUAUCUGACAUUGAUCAACAGGUUACUGAAGAAAACCUGGCUGCUCUCUUUCUUAGUUGCGGACAGGUUGUAGACUGUCGUGUAUGCGGUGAUCCAAAUUCCAUUCUUCGAUUUGCCUUUGUUGAGUUUACAGAUGAAGAAGGUGCAAGGGUUGCCUUGAGUCUGUCAGGAACCAUGCUUGGCUAUUACCCAGUGAGAGUCCUGCCUUCGAAAACUGCAAUUGCACCUGUUAAUCCAACAUUUUUGCCAAGGUCUGAUGAUGAGCGUGAGAUGUGCUCAAGAACUAUUUAUUGUACAAAUAUUGACAAGAAGGUCACUCAAGCAGAUGUCAAACUGUUUUUUGAAUCACUUUGUGGAGAGGUUCAACGCCUGAGGCUACUUGGAGAUUAUCAUCACUCCACUCGUAUUGCGUUUGUUGAAUUUACUGUGGCUGAAAGUGCAAUUGCAGCUCUUAACUGUAGUGGUGUCGUUUUGGGAUCACUGCCGAUAAGGGUAAGCCCUUCAAAGACACCUGUUCGGCCCCGUGCUCCUCGCUCUCCAUUGCAUUAAACCACAUUUUCAUGUUUGCUGGACUAGUUUACUGGUGAUAGAUAUAUCGACGCAUGCAUGCACAGAGAAAUAUUUUGGCGUACUUGUGUUUAUCUAUGCUUUUGUCCUGGUUGCUGGUGGUAGGGAUGUUUGAUACCUACUACGAGGGGUUCUGUGGGUUUAUUUUAAAGUUGUAGAGUUGGAAUGGAAUUCAGAGGAGCUAAAUGGUUUAAUUUUAUUAAGCGUUAUGAUGAAA